GUCUCCGAGUUCGGUCUCAGAUCCACCUUCGCGCUCGACGUUGGCGCUGGGUCCGUUCGCUGGGGAACUCCGAUAAGGGCGUGAACAGUUUCCAAAUGAAUCCUCGGACGCUAGAAUCGCUGGGAGUCGCGUGAACGUUCAGCGAGUGGCCCCGAUUCGAUCGAAUCGCGCGAUGGCGAAAUACGAAGGAGCCUUAUUAUUCCUCCUCCUAAUUGUCGCGAACGACGAGGUGUACAAUGGACUCGCCGCACACCAGGCCAACAAUCCCACCCUCUUUAAGAUCGGGGGUGUAUUGUCCAAUGAGGAGAGCAAAACUCAUUUCAGGAAAACAAUCGACCAUCUGAACUUCGAUUCGAAAUACGUCAGCAAAGGGGUGACCUAUAAGCACACGGUGAUUCAAAUGGACUCUAAUCCAAUUAGAAUGGCACUCAGCGUGUGCAAGUCUCUGAUCGCCGAGCAGGUCUACGCGGUGGUGGUGUCCCAUCCUCUUACGGGAGACCUGUCGCCAGCAGCUGUUUCCUACACCAGCGGUUUUUAUCACAUUCCCGUCAUAGGGAUCUCGUCGAGAGACUCGGCGUUCUCGGAUAAAAACAUUCACGUCUCCUUUCUGCGCACGGUACCGCCGUACUCGCACCAGGCAGACGUAUGGGUGGAUUUGUUGAGACACUUCAACUACAUGAAGGUGAUCUUCAUCCAUAGCUCCGAUACGGACGGCCGUGCCUUGCUGGGACGGUUUCAAACCACUUCUCAAAACUUAGAGGAUGAUGUCGAAAUUAAGGUACAGGUUGAGUCUGUUAUCGAGUUCGAACCUGGCUUGGAGAGCUUCAUGCACCAGCUGAUAGAGAUGAAGAACGCGCAAGCCAGAGUCUGCCUCUUGUACGCCUCAAAGACCGACGCCAGCGUGAUCUUCCAAGACGCCGCUGCAUUGAACAUGACCGGCGCAGGAUACGUUUGGAUCGUGACGGAGCAAGCCUUAGAUGCGCCCAAUGCACCGGAAGGUCUUCUCGGCUUGAAAUUAAUUAACGCUGAGAAAGAGAAGGCUCACAUCGAAGAUAGCCUGGUGAUCCUUGUGUCAGCUUUGAGGGUGAUGAACGAGUCGGAGGAGAUCACGGUGGCGCCCAAGGACUGCGGAGACUCGGGUGCCAUAUGGGAGACUGGGAAGAAGCUAUUUCAGUAUAUACGCAAGCAAAUAUUGCCAGUCGGUGCUACCGGCAGGGUAGCCUUCGACGACAACGGAGACCGCAUCUUCGCCGAAUAUGACAUCAUUAACAUCAAGGAGAAUGGUGAACGGGUCUCCGUUGGACAGUACUUUUAUCCAACUAAUGGAACCAAGAUGAAGCUGAGCGUGAAUGAGUCGAACAUAACGUGGCCUGGCCGAGUAAGCGCCAAACCGGAGGGUUUCAUGAUCCCUACGCACUUAAAAGUGCUCACAAUCGAGGAGAAGCCGUUUGUCUACGUUCGUGAAAUCACCGACGGUGAACCCUGCCUGCCAGAAGAGAUUCUGUGCCCUCAUUUUAACGCUACCGAACACGAUACGACAAGAACAUUCUGCUGCAAGGGAUACUGCAUGGACUUGUUGAAAGAACUGUCGAAAACUAUCAAUUUCACCUACAGCUUAGCCCUCUCCCCCGAUGGACAAUUCGGCAGCUACGUGAUAAAAAAUAGUUCAGUCGGAGGAAAGAAAGAGUGGACAGGACUGAUCGGGGAGCUGGUCAACGAGACAGCAGACAUGAUCGUUGCACCGUUAACGAUCAAUCCGGAGCGCGCAGAGUUCAUCGAAUUCAGCAAGCCCUUCAAGUAUCAGGGCAUCACCAUUCUUGAAAAGAAGCCAUCAAGAUCGUCGACCCUGGUAUCGUUCCUCCAACCAUUCAGCAACACCCUUUGGAUACUGGUGAUGGUGUCGGUGCACGUAGUGGCUCUAGUUCUGUACCUCCUCGACCGGUUCUCGCCUUUCGGGAGGUUCAAGCUAGCAAACACUGACGGUACCGAAGAGGACGCCCUCAACUUGUCCAGCGCCGUUUGGUUCGCCUGGGGAGUCCUGCUCAACAGUGGCAUCGGAGAAGGUACUCCGCGAAGCUUCUCUGCUCGCGUGUUGGGCAUGGUCUGGGCAGGAUUCGCGAUGAUUAUUGUGGCAUCUUACACUGCCAACCUGGCCGCGUUCUUGGUGUUGGAACGACCAAAAACAAAAUUGACUGGGAUCAACGACGCUCGACUCAGAAACACCAUGGAGAACCUAACGUGCGCCACGGUGAAGGGUUCAUCCGUGGACAUGUACUUCCGUCGACAGGUCGAGCUGUCGAACAUGUAUCGCACGAUGGAAGCCAACAAUUACGACACUGCCGAAGACGCUAUCAGAGAUAUAAAAAUUGGGAAACUUAUGGCCUUCAUUUGGGACAGUUCUCGACUGGAAUUCGAGGCUGCCCAGGACUGCGAAUUGGUAACAGCUGGAGAACUGUUUGGUCGGUCUGGUUAUGGAAUUGGCUUGCAAAAGGGGUCUUUAUGGGCUGAUGCCGUGACCCUGGCCAUCUUGGACUUUCACGAAAGCGGUUUCAUGGAGGAUCUCGACAAACAUUGGAUCCUCCAGGGCAACGUGCAACAGUGCGAGCAGUUCGAGAAAAUGCCCAACACCUUGGGCCUGAAGAACAUGGCCGGUGUGUUCAUAGUCGUGGGUGUCGGAAUCAUCGGUGGUAUCGGUCUGAUUAUCAUCGAGGUGGCGUACAAGAAACACCAGAUCCGCAAGCAAAAGAAGAUGGAACUGGCGAGACACGCUGCGGACAAAUGGAGAGGCGCGAUCGAGAAUUCUGUGUUUAUCAGUAAACCGCAGGCAGCCAGGACGAAGUAGGAGCGACGCGUGGGAAUACUAUGAGACCUAGUAACAAUAUAAAUACACGAUCGUCCAAUAAACACACACCAUAGAUUCGAGCACAAGUUCCGCUACAUAUGCUUUAGGGAUGAUACAAGUAGUCAGGCUUCUACUAAAACCGGUGCAAAAUACGACGUCGAUCGUUGAAAGGAAAUUCGGUGACCAAUCGUCACGUCGUAUCUUGCACCUAAAUCGCUUCACUUAUCUGGCAUUAAGUAUUUUUGAAGUCGGCUUCGUCAUGUUUAAAAUUAAGCUUCAGAUUACUACUACGCUAUUAUUAGAGCCGCAAAAGUAUGAUUAUAGUUUUGUACUUCGAAAUAUCGCAUUAUAACAUGUAAGUCCUAUAGUAUUUAGUUCAACCAAAGAAGCGAGUGCCAAAUUUCUUUCGAUUGAUUAAAGCUUUCGGUGAAGCUCCCUCUAAUCGAGCACCUUUUGCUCUUUUUUUCUUUCAAACGCAGAAACGGAAGACCUUGCGAGC